AUGGCGGUAAAUCCGGUUCUGGCGCAAGAUGCGUCAACAAAGGAGAUGUUCCCGCUGCCUGUGGCGGGGGAGGUGUUCUUCCUCAAGAGAGCACACAUCGACUUCAAGCUCACCGGCCCGACCAAUCUGAAGGCGAGCGGUGGCGAGUUUUUCCUCAGCAGUCGGCGCAUCGUCUUCGUCAAAAAGGGCGACGUCAACAAACACAAGGAUUUCUCUUCGUUCGAGCUCCCCCUGCACUUGAUUUCGGAGCCCAAGUUCGAACAGCCGAUUUUCGGCGCGAAUUACAUGCGCGGCAAAGUGCAACCUCUGGAGUCAGCGGAGAACCCGAUAAACGGCACGUCCAAAUGGUUUCUAACCUUCAACGCGGGUAAUGCCUCUUCGCUGUCUUCCCCGCUAUACCCUUCGCCCGCCUCUGCUCCUGUCGCCAAAUUGUCUGGCGGAUGCGGCACAUUUCUUAAUGUCUUCUUCAAGCUAUGGCAAUACGCAGUCAAGCACCAGCCACCAAGCCAAGAGCUCGUUCAGCAACUGCAACUUGGCAAUGGCGCGGCAUUCGUGGACCCUAAUGACCCCUCGACGAUCUACGUAACUCAGCCAGUCCCGGCCGGCCCUCCUCCUGCCGCUCCUGCGCCGACUGGCAUUCCGGCGGCCUAUCAGUCCCCGCCUCCGGGUCCUUACUACCCGCCUCCUGGCCAACCGCCCGUGUACUAUCCUCCACCGAGCGCACCUUAUCCUCCGCCCUCGCCCUACGGCGGUCCGCCGCAGCAUGCAGCGGGGGCUUACGCUCCCCCUCCCGGCGGUCCCGCCCCUCCUGGUCAGCCCGUGCAAAACCUGGGGCCGGGGUACAUGCAUCCUGGACCGUUUCCGUGUCCGCCCGGCGGCUACCAGCCUGCGUACCCACCUGCAGGUGGGUCUGUGCCCAGGGCACCAGGCUCCCAGGGGCCGCCAGCGGGUCAGGCGACAACCCAACCGCCGGCGCAGGAGAGGCGAGAGCCGUGA